ACCGACGCAUGCGCACUGCGCUUUCGACUAGGCUGGCGUGUCGCUGGUGGCGGCAGCUGCGGUGGCUGUGGGGACCCAGGCUGUGGAAGUGCCGUCUUCGGCUAGGUUGGCCCAGGCUUUGGCUCAUGGCAUCAAGCGGCAUCCAUCGUAAGAUCAUUAACUGAAGACAGAAUAAAUAGCUAUGCAGAAUUCUCACAUGGAUGAGUACAGAAAUUCUAGCAAUGGCAGCACAGGCAGCAAUUCAGAGGUAGUGGUAGAACAUCCUGCUGAUUUCAGUACUGAGAUUAUGAAUGUUACAGAAAUGGAACAGUCACCUGAUGACUCUCCCAAUAUCAAUACAUCUACAGAAGAAAGUGAAAUGGCAAAUGCUGUGGACCUUCCAGUGACACUGACAGAAACAGAAGCAAAUUUCCCUCCAGAAUAUGAAAAAUUUUGGAAAACUGUAGAAAAUAAUCCUCAGGAUUUUACAGGCUGGGUAUAUUUACUUCAGUAUGUAGAACAGGAGAAUCACUUGAUGGCUGCCAGGAAGGCUUUUGACAAAUUUUUCAUACACUAUCCAUAUUGCUAUGGUUAUUGGAAAAAGUAUGCAGAUCUUGAAAAGCGGCAUGACAACAUUAAACAAUCAGAUGAGGUUUAUCGGCGGGGUCUUCAGGCAAUACCUCUUAGCGUUGAUCUUUGGAUACAUUACAUAAACUUCUUAAAAGAAACAUUGGACCCUAGUGAUCCUGAGACAAACAGUACAGUAAGAGGAACUUUUGAGCAUGCUGUUCUAGCUGCAGGAACAGAUUUUCGAUCUGACAGAUUAUGGGAAAUGUAUAUAAACUGGGAAAAUGAACAGGGAAACCUGAGAGAAGUUACAGCUAUAUAUGAUCGUAUUCUUGGUAUUCCAACACAGCUGUACAGUCAUCAUUUUCAGAGAUUUAAAGAACAUGUACAGAAUAACUUACCUAGAGAUCUUUUAACUGGUGAACAGUUUAUUCAGCUACGAAGGGAAUUAGCAUCUGUAAAUGGGCAUAGUGGUGAUGAUGGUCCUCCUGGUGACGAUCUACCAUCGGGAAUUGAAGACAUAACUGAUCCAGCAAAGCUAAUUACAGAAAUAGAAAACAUGAGACAUAGAAUCAUUGAGAUUCAUCAAGAAAUGUUUAAUUAUAAUGAGCAUGAAGUUAGUAAAAGGUGGACAUUUGAAGAAGGUAUUAAAAGACCUUAUUUUCAUGUGAAACCAUUGGAAAAGGCACAACUAAAAAACUGGAAAGAAUACUUAGAAUUUGAAAUUGAAAAUGGGACUCAUGAACGAGUUGUGGUUCUCUUUGAAAGAUGUGUCAUAUCAUGUGCCCUCUAUGAGGAGUUCUGGAUUAAGUAUGCCAAGUACAUGGAAAACCAUAGCACUGAAGGAGUGAGGCAUGUCUUCAGCAGAGCUUGUACUAUUCAUCUCCCAAAGAAACCCCUGGUGCAUAUGCUUUGGGCAGCUUUUGAGGAACAGCAGGGUAAUAUUAAUGAAGCCAGGAAUAUCUUGAGAACAUUUGAAGAAUGUGUUCUAGGAUUGGCAAUGGUUCGUUUGCGAAGAGUAAGUUUAGAACGACGGCAUGGAAAUAUGGAAGAAGCUGAACAUUUGCUUCAGGAUGCCAUUAAGAAUGCCAAAUCAAAUAAUGAGUCUUCGUUCUAUGCUGUCAAACUAGCCCGACAUCUUUUCAAGAUACAAAAAAAUCUUCCAAAAUCAAGAAAGGUGCUUUUAGAAGCAAUUGAAAGAGACAAAGAGAACACAAAGUUAUACCUCAAUUUACUUGAAAUGGAAUAUAGUGGUGACCUCAAACAAAAUGAAGAAAAUAUUCUAAAUUGUUUUGACAAAGCUGUACAUGGUUCACUACCUAUUAAAAUGAGAAUUACAUUUUCUCAGAGAAAAGUGGAAUUUCUUGAAGAUUUUGGUUCAGAUGUUAAUAAGCUUCUGAAUGCUUAUGAUGAACAUCAAACACUCUUAAAAGAACAGGAUUCUUUAAAAAGGAAAGCAGAAAAUGGAUCAGAAGAACCAGAAGAAAAGAAAGCACACACAGAAGAUACAACUUCAUCGUCUACACAGAUGAUUGAUGGUGAUUUACAGGCAAAUCAAGCUGUAUAUAAUUAUAGUGCCUGGUAUCAAUACAAUUAUCAGAAUCCUUGGAAUUAUGGACAGUAUUACCCUCCCCCUCCAACCUGAUGGAAAAAUGUACAUUUCAGAUGGAGUGUGUGAAAAGUAUGAAAUUAUUAUUUUUUAAAUGAGGGAUGUAAACAUAGCAUAAGCUUGUCGUAUUUGAUAACUUGUCUUCUGUUUCUGUGUAACAUGAUUUGUUUAGUAAUAGGGGAAAAUGUCAAUUAUUAGCUUACCACAGAUACUAUUUCCUACCAUUUGUAAAAUUUGCUUUUUAUCGGAGAACUAUUUUUUUGAUUUUUGCAUUACAUGGUCUAGAAUUCUUCUGCAAGGCAUUUGCAAGAGUUUUGUAGCCUUAAGGGUAGGAAAAAAACCUGACUGCAAAUCAUGUCAGUGUAGUACAAGAUUUUAAAAACACAUAAGGGCUGGUUAUUAAGGAUUUACUUCCUCUGUUAAAAAAAAAAAAAAAGAUUUUUAACCUUUGCUGACAAGGUUUUUGUCUGCGUGUUUCAGUUAUACUUGUGAAUUGUGAUCUAACUGCAGAAAAGGUACACUAUUAAAAUACUAUGCCUUGGAAUAGAGAUUAUAAGUGAGAAAUGGAAUGUUUGCAUCCCUUUAAAAAAUGAAAAUCAUAUCAAAAAUGUUGUUUCAGACUUUGUAUUUAGAAUAUUCAUGUAAAACUUGUGAACAAACUUUCAUUUUGAUCAAACUGAUCAUCUUCAUUUUUGUAAUAAAACUGAAGACUUA